AUGGUGGCGGACAUGAGAAAUAGAAUGAGCUUGUUUGUUCCUGGGCUGUCUCAGUUGUCAAGUAAGGAAGGUAGGGCUACAAUGCUUAUCAGGGACAUGGACAUAUCAAGGUUGAUAGUCUAUGUACAACAGGUUGAGGAAGAGAAGCUGAGGGACAGAGAAGAGUUCAGAAGUAAGAGAGCCAAGACCGGAAAUGAGUCCGGGCAGCAGAAAGGUAAUGCGAACCGUUCAUCCUUUCAACAAAGGCAAAGGGGACCUGCUCCAUCAGUUGUUAGAGCACCUGCACCCAGAUACAAAGGUUCCAUUCCUAAACCUCUAUGGAAUCUCACGAGUAUAGAGGGUUUGGACCUUGGUUAUAACUAUCUUGAAGGACCCAUUUCUGAUUUCUUUAGAUUUGGAAAGAUCAAGUUGAUAUAUCUUAGAAAUAACAACUUCGAUGGCCAACUUGACUUCAGAUGGAUGCAACUUAAUGCCUUAGAUUUUUCAUUCAAUUCCAUAACUGGUCCAAUUCCUUCUAAUGUAAGUAGUCUGCAAAACCUACAACUACUCCACUUGUCAUCAAAACCUUCCUGGAUAUUCUCCCUCCCUUCACUAUUUAAUUUAGACUUGGGUGAUAACCAUUUCAGUGGAAAUAUUCACGAGUUCAAGUCUAAAACAUUGUUUCAAGUUUCCCUAAAACAAAAUCAGCUGGAAGGUCCUAUUCCAAAGUCACUCCUAAACCAGAGUGAGCUAUAUUACCUUCUCCUUUCACACAAUAAUCUCAGUGGACAGAUCGCUUCAACCAUCUGCAAUCUGACAAUACUGUUAGUGCUAGAUUUGGGCAGCAAUAAUUUGGAGGGAACAAUCCCACUAUGUUUGGGUGAGGUGAGUGAACUUUCGGUUUUGGAUUUAAGCAACAAUAGUCUUAGCGGGACAAUUAAUACUAAUUUUAGUAUAGGAAACCAACUCAUGGUCAUCAAAUUUGAUGGGAAUAAGCUAGAGGGGAAAGUCCCACAAUCUUUGAUCAAUUGCAAAUAUUUGGAAGUUCUUGGUUUAGGUAACAAUGAGUUGAGUGACAUAUUUCCUAAAUGGUUGGGAGCCCUACCUGAGUUGCAGAUUUUGAACUUGAGAUCAAAUAAGUUCUAUGGCCCUAUAAAAGAUUCAAGGACUGACAACUUGUUUGCUCAAAUUCGAGUCAUAGAUCUCUCAUCCAAUAGAUUUAGUGGAGAUUUACCAGUGAGCCUUUUUGAGAAUUUUGAAGCCAUGAAAAUGAUUGGUAAGAACAGUGGAACCCGAGAGUAUGUAGCAGAUAUUCUUUCUGUUUAUUACACAAGUUCCUUUAUAGUGACAACAAAGGGACUGGAGCUAGAACUUCCUCGAGUUUUGACUACAAAUAUAAUCAUAAAUCUCUCUAACAACAGAUUUGAAGGUCAUAUCCCAAGCAUUAUUGGAGAUCUCGUUGGGCUUCGUAUGUUGAACUUAUCGCAUAAUCGCUUGGAAGGUCAGAUACCAGCAUCACUGCACCAAUUAUCUGUACUUGAAUCAUUGGAGCUCUCAUUAAACAAAAUCAGUGGAGAAAUUCCACAACAACUUGCAUCCCUCACAUUUCUUGCAGUCUUAAAUCUCUCUCACAAUCAUCUUGUUGGAUGCAUCCCCAAAGGAAAACAAUUUGAUACAUUUGAGAAUAGUUCAUACCAAGAAAAUGAUUGGUUACGUGGAUUGCCACUCUCAAAAGAUUGUGGCGGUGAUGAAGGGGUACCACAAACGACGAAUCCCAUUGAGCUAGAUGAAGAAGAAGAAGAAGAAGAAGAAUUGGCAGGCGGUUCUAAUGGGUUACGGUUGUGGACUUGUUAUUGGACUGUCCAUAAUAUACAUAAUGUUGUCAACUCAAUAUCCAGCAUGGUUUUCGAGGAUGGAUGUAAAAUUGGAACACAAAAUUCUUAUGAGAAUGAAAAGGCACAAGAAAAGACAUUAGUAUGUAACCUCCAGCAUUCAAGUCUACUGCAUUGCUGGGAUGUGAAUAAAAGCUUAUACUUUCAUAGUUUGUGA